AUAACAACGCCAUCUGAUAUCGAUGUACGAUAGGCACCGAUAAGUUUACACAAAUAAGCCAACUCAGCCGAAAAGAAUUCGGUUUUCCCAUCUAAUUUAAUAAUAUUUACGAAAAUGAGCCGACAGCAGAAUGAGGAGGACACCAACUCCGUGCUAUUCGAUGCCCGCAACGAGUACUACAUCGGUAACUUCAUGGGUUCGAUCAACUUCGUGCUGCCGGAGCAGGGCACCGCGGGUCCGGAGCUCCUGUCCUACAUGUACCUCUCUUACUUGGCCAUCGAUUCCGGACGCAUUGUGGCCUCGGACAUCAAGGAGGGAAACUCCACGCCCCUGCAGGCCUUGCGUCUGGUGCACGAAGCCUUUGAGCAGCCUUCGAGGACGGAGGAGCUGCUGGAGAAACUCACGGACAAGGUGGCCGGAGAGGAGGAUGAGACCAACAUUUGGCACCUCGCAACCGCCAUCGUCUACUGCCACGACGGGCAGUUCGAGAACGCACUGAAGAUCCUGCACGGCUCCACCAAUCUGGAGUCAAUGGCUCUGUCGGUUCAGUGCCUGCUGCGUCUACAGCGCGUGGAUCUGGCCAAGCAGCUGGUGGCCAAGAUGCAGGAGAUCAGCGACGAUGCUACGCUGACUCAGCUCGCUCAGGCGUGGGUGGCCCUCGCCCAGGGAACGGAACAGAUGCAGGACGCCUUUCACAUCUACCAGGAGUUCUGUGAAAAGUUCAAGCCCACGCCGGCGCUGCUAAACGGCCAAGCGGUCGUUCACUUGGGCCUGGAACGGUACGAGGAGGCUGAUUCCGUGCUGCGCGAAUCUCUGCUGAAGAAGCACAACGACUACGACACGCUGAUCAAUCUGAUGGUUCAUGCCCACCUUACGGGCAAGCCGACGGAGGCCAUCACCCGGAAUCUAGAGCAGCUGAGGCAGUUCUAUCCCAAGAGCGACUUUGUCACCGAUCUGGACAAGAAGUCAGCGGAGUUCGACCGCCUGUGCCUGCAGUACGACGUCGAGGGCGGUGAAAAACUGCUCGCCAUCUAGACAUAAGAAGAAAUUCCAAAUAUCCAAAUUAUCAAAACCUUUUGUUCAUGUAUUAAACUACAAUAAAAAUUUAUUAGAAAUGUA